AUGAAUGGAGAUGAAGAGACAGAAGCAGAAGCGAAAGAUGCUUCAGCACGCACGAACCACCUCGAGGACGGUGUCGGGCACGACCACAAAAUCAACAGAAAACUAACCAACUAUACGAUUCCCCAACCACAAAAGUUUUUUCGAAGUAAAGUCAACAAUUUGGCAUUGGAGGGGAGACAGAGAACAUUUGACAAUUGGCCAAACACACAACUAUCUAAGGGAGUGCCCGUCUCUGCCGCUUUAGAAUACACUGGACAAGGUGAUAUUGUUUUGUGUCGUUUCUGUAAGAUGAAAGGAUACAAUUGGGUAUCUGGAAAUAAUCCAACGGUUGACCAUCGAUAAUGGAGUACUGACUGUCCAUUCAUUAGAACUGUAGAGAACGGCACGCCUGGGACGACACCUGCCGAUUUGACAGAAGUGGAAUUUUAUCAUACUGGUGUGGGUGACCAGACGCUUUGUUUCUACUGUGGUGGUGGCCUAAAAGACUGGAAAGAAUCUGACGAACCCUUGGAACAGCAUGUCCUUUGGUUCAGCAAGGGUGUUUUUUUAAAUUUGAAGAAAGGUAAAGGCUUUGUCGAAAAGGUCAAACAGAGGGUAGACUCUCUCUUGUCGCUCCCCGGUACAAGUCAAGACAAGCCCAAAUAG